GGUCAGCAAGCACUUUCGGCGGAGGUCAGGCAAAGUCUCCGAACCUUUCGAUCGGACGAUCAAACGCUCUCUUUUAACGUGACUUCGUGUGUACACCUUGGAUUCGCGUCGAUCCUGCCCAGUCCGACGUCGCGGAAUCGCCAAUCAAUCGCCAAUAUGACAAGUUCCGAGCAACCGGCCUGGGCCACCGUGCCCUGUGUGAACCCGAGAGAAGCGCCUCUAAUCGGCUCCGGCCACGCCUGUGCCGUACGCAAAGGCUCGCUUUAUAUCUAUGGAGAGCGAAACCUUCCUGCAACUCCGAUUCGCAGCAGUUCCGUGAUCCGCCCCACCAACAGCUUUUACGAGUUCAACUUCGCUAGGAAGGAGUGGUCUACGGUUUUGGGCAAUGGAGUGGCUCCGAGUCAGCGCAAGAGCCACUCGGCUGUAGUCUAUAAGGACUCGUUCUACGUCUUUGGCGGAUACGACGGCGACAGACGCUUGAACGACUUCUUCUCCUACAAUUUCUUGACGCAAACCUGGACCAACGUGUUUGUCAACGCUGGACAGCAACCGACGCCGAGAUAUGGUCACGCCGCGGUGGUGUAUGACAACGCGAUGUAUAUCUUCGGCGGAAGUGAUAGCCACUACGACCGCGAGUCAAUGUCAAGCCGCAGCUCCAGCGAAUAUGGCAGACUGGACUCUGGUCGCCACGUUAACGACAUGCAUUCUUUUAACUUGGAAACCAACUCAUGGUCUUUGAUUCGCACCACCGGAGAAGUCCCAUACCCUCGUGAAGGAGCCUCGAUGAUUGUAUACAACCAGAGCUGCCUGCUCUUCGGAGGAUACGACCACGACCUGGGCUAUCUCAACGACGUCCACGUUUUCAACUUCGAGACCCGCGUUUGGUCAAGUCUCGAGACCAAAGGCACGGCUCCGACAGGUUGCCACCACCCACUUGUGACCUUGCACAACAAUUCCCUGAUUGUGUUUGGCGGACAGACGGAUCCGAAUCUGUACGAGCUCGAUCUUGAAUCGAACACGUGGGAAACUAUAGCGUACUCUGGUUCUUCUCCCAAGAGCAACGCUCCUACUGGGUGCGUUAGUGACGACAACUUGAUCGUUUUGAGCGAGCACAACGAAGCGGCCAGCUUCAAACAGAUCCACUUGCCUGAGAAGAAGACCACAUCCAAGACUCAGGAAGAUUUGGAGCCAGAUGAAGAAGGCUCAGCUAUUGCCCACUUGCGCUCACUCGUCAACAAUCAACUCAUGAGUGACGUUACGUUUAUCGUCGAAGGAGAACCGAUCUUUGGUCACAAGAGUCUCUGUGUUCGCUGCAACUACUUCAAGGCCAUGUUCACUGGAGAGGUACGACCUACAAGAGGUUUUUAAUGAAGAAAUCUAGAACUAAUUACUGAGAUAUGCUUUGAUUAGAUGAAGGAAAGCACAGCUGGUGAAGUUGAGAUUUCAGAUGUCAGUCGAGCGACAUUCCUUUCACUGUUAGAGUAUGUAUACACCGAUCGUCUUGCUGUUGCGGAUGACGAUGUCAAAGAGCUGUUUGUUGCCGCGGAUCGGUAUGGCAUCGAGAGCCUCAAGCGGCUUUGUGCUCAGAAACUCCUGAAGUCAGUGAAUGUCGACAAUGUCGCUAGCAUCCUUCAAGCAGCGGACCAACACAACUCUCCGUCGCUCCGAGACGAGUGUUUCGCCUUUACACUCAAGAACUUCGAUACGGUCUCGAAAACCCCGUCGUUCUUGGAUAUGGCACGGAACAACAUCGAGUUGGCCUUGCAGAUUCUACAACAGCGUUAGAUUUCUAUGCGUAUAGUGAUGUGGUAGAUAGAAAUGUCCUCUUGACAUCGGAAUCAAGGACGGGCAUGAAUAGUGUGUGGUCACUUGGACACUCGACAUACUUAUGCACAAAAUGUACAGCAUCUUGAGCACACAUGUCAUGUUGAGAAAAAAUGAUUUAAAUUGUACGCCAAAUGCAUGAUUACGAUGUCGGAAAUUGGCAAUCCUCC